UCUUAUUCACUUGCUUCUCUGUCCAUUUCUGCUGCACAUUGAGUUCUCAUGUCCAGACCUGAGUCCGACAGUCCCUCACAGCAAGACCAGGGUCCAGCAGGGUCCAGUCCCACACAGCAAGACCAGGGUCCAGGAGGGUCCAGUCCCUCACAGCAAGACCAGGGUCCAGAAGGGUCCAGUCCCACACAGCAAGACCAGGGUCCAGAAGGGUCCAGUCACACACAGCAGGUGCGCUGUCCAGCAGGGUCCAGUCCCUCACAGCAAGACCAGGGUCCAGAACAGUCCAGUCCCACACAGCAGGUGCGCUGUCCAGAAGGGUCCAGUCCCACACAGCAGGUCCGCUGUCCAGAAGGGUCCAGUCCCACACACCAAGACCAGGGUCCAGAACAGUUCAGUCCCACAAAGCAGGUCCGCUGUCCAGAAGGGUCCAGUCCCACACAGCAGCUCUGCUGUCCAGCAGGGUCCAGUCACACACAGCAAGAUCAGGGUCCAGCAGGGUCCAGUCCCUCACAGCAAGACCAGGGUCCAGAACAGUCCGGCAAGCACUGGCGGGUUGCUCGAUCAAGGGCAGUUCCACAAAGUCACCGCAAGGGGCCGCUGUAUCCCUGCACACGCACGUAGUCCGUUGUGGCAGCAGGGCCAGACACGGAGCUCAGCAGAGGGCCAGGAGGAAACAACUUCACUGCAGCACAGCUCGUCUCAGGCCAGACCGGCACUUUGCUGUGAGAAACUGCAUUUUGGAGCAAUGCAGCAAGGUUUGCCAUGACGGAGGAGCCUCACACGGCCAGGCUCUGAGGCCGGACAGGGGCUCUCUGCACGACGGUCGGCAUGCGCCUGUCUCUGCGGCGCGUUGCCAUGGCAGUGUGCUGUGCCGGGGCGACGCUGGCGCUGGUGCUUGUGUGCCAGCGCGUCCUGCUGUGCCAGCGGGCGGGAGGCUGGGGCAGGAUGGUGCCGGAGCACGAGGGCGUGUCCGUGCGUGACUGGCGGCGAGUGGAGUACCGCUACAGCAAGGCCACGCCCCUGGUGUUCGUGGGCGGCGUCCCCCGCAGCGGCACCACGCUGAUGAGAGCCAUGCUGGACGCCCACCCCCUGAUCCGCUGCGGAGAGGAGACGCGCGUCAUCCCGCGCCUGCUGGCCAUGCGGCAGGCCUGGGCGCGCUCCUCGCGCGAGAAGCAGCGGCUGGACGAGGCGGGGGUCACGGACCACGUGCUCGACUCGGCCAUUUCCUCCUUCAUCCUGGAGGUCAUCGCGCGGCACGGGGAGCCGGCGCCCGUGCUCUGCAACAAAGACCCCUUUACCCUGAAGAGCGCCCUCUACCUGUCACGCAUCUUCCCCAGGUCGAAAUUCCUGCUGAUGUUCCGGGACGGCCGGGCAGCGGUGCACUCCAUGAUCACGCGGAAGGUGACGAUCGCCGGCUUCGACCUGUCCAGCUACCGCGACUGCCUGUCCAAGUGGAGCCGCGCUAUGGAGGCCAUGCUGCUGCAGUGCCAGCAGGUGGGGCCGUUGCGCUGCAUGGCGGUGCGCUACGAGACGCUGGUGCUGCAGCCGCGCCAGACCCUGCGCUCCAUCCUGCGCUUCCUGGACGUUGCCUGGGACGAGGCUGUGCUGCACCACGAGGACGCCAUCGGGCAGCCCGGGGGCGUGUCUCUGUCCAGGGUCGAGCGCUCCACCGACCAGGUGAUCAAGCCCGUCAACCUGGAGGCGCUGUCCCGCUGGGUGGGCCACAUCCCUGAGGACGUGCUGGCCGACAUGGCCGACAUCGCGCCCAUGCUGAGCCGGCUGGGGUACGACCCUCACGCCAACCCACCCCGCUACGGAGAGGCGGAGCCCGCUGUCCUCAACAACACGGAGAGGGUCUUGAAGGGGGAUUAUAAGACACCCUCCAAACUGAAAGGGCAGCUGCCGGUGCUUCUGAAUGUGUCGGACACAGAGAGGUGAGAGAGGAAGCAGCAGACGGACACACAGCCAGACACGCAGGUGGACACAAAGACCCUGCGCAGCUCGAGCCGUCCCGAAACAGAGGGGUGUCCAACACCUGGACCUGCAGUGGACUGCUAGUGAUGCCUCAUGCAUCGGAUUCCCCUGCCCCACGAGCAGGGAGGAAUGUCCCCCCGUCUGCGGCUCUCACUUUCUGUACUUCAUGCUCUGCCCCUGUCUCCUUUCCCAACCCCCUCCCGCUGUCUUUUCUACUUUCCCCUCCCCUCUCCUCGUCGCAGCUCUGCAGUGUCCCCUGCUGUCUUCACAUCCAGUGUCAGACUGCUCUGAGUGUCUCAGCCACACCAAAUGGACAAGCGGUCAGCCGGUUCUGCUGGACAGCCAGUCGGGCCUCAGCCCCUGUCUUGGGGCAGGAGGGGGCUGGACCAGCAGUGGGAGCAGAGCUGGAGCCCGGCUGUGUGUUUGGACACUGGAGAAGCUUCACAUCACUUCAGGGGUGCUGUGGAACGACACCCCACGUUUUUCUGAAUGAUUGAGUACACGAUUCAUAGAGGCUGGUCCUUCACUUGUCUACUUUCAAUUAAAUGGGAAAAUCGGAAGGGGCAGUUGGGAAGGAGCCCGGGAGAAGUGGGUUAUUGCGCUGUUGGGUUUUGUGUUUCAUAGUGUUUGUAUGUUCUCAAAGAGCUGUUGUUCUCUGAGUUUUUUACAAGUUGUAUUGUGAUAAUAACAAAAGAAUAAAAAAGAUAAAAUUCUU